AUGGAAUCCCCCUUAACCCAGCAAAGUAGACCCGAAACCUUCAAGCCUAAGAUCGUCCAACUAUACGAGAACCUAUUCAAUACCACCGACUAUGCAGAGCCCUCGGAGGGUUUCUGGAGGGAAUUCUUCUUGCUGCCUCCGGAUCGUAGCCGGCUUAAUGCGAUCCUAGACCAGCUCAGUCCGGAUGAGACUCUCAACUUGCAGACUCAAACGCAGCAGCUCUUUACUCGGGCAAUUCGCGAAGCUGCCUCUGCAUCCAGUCCCAUUGAUUCUUAUGCACUCGAGACCUUGACGGUCUUCCUAGCCUGCGUGUUGAAGAAGAAAUACACCAACCCCAGUGCCGACGUUAUCACCGUUCUUGCUGGUCUCGACCAUGUGGACCACGCCAUCUCGAACUUUGUCGCCGUCCUCGACGGCAUUAUCCGGAAUGGCAGCAGCUAUGACCUCCGCCUCAAGGCAAUCCGAACCGCCAUCGCCAUGACUGGCGGCGCAUACAAGACGAGUCUAGUCUCUUACUUUACGCACCGGGACCUGUUUCCUUCUCUCAUGAAGUUUGUUCAAGAAUCCGAUACCCCCAUCCAAGUGUUUGAGCCAUUUCUUCUUCUGGGUUUGCUGGCAAACUACAACAAAUUCGAAUUCCAAAACCCCUAUCAGUUGCGACUCGACGACUUCGUCAACGAGUCCAGCAUCCAAAAAAUCGCCAAGGGCGUCGGUCUUUCCUGCGGUGCUCUGAGAAACGGCUAUGUUGCUGUGCAAGACGACUCCCCUGAGGGCUGGAGUCUGAUCGGUACCCUGAUCUAUUUCGGAUUGGGCGUACUAGCCCCUGGGAAGAAAGACAAAUCCAGUCCACCAGCGGUCGAGGAGGCCAAGGAUCUCUUUGCAGCGCUACCCGCCCAGCAAGCAACUCUUCUGCUGGCCACCUACGAUUUCAUCCACGCCAACAAGCUCUUCGGCUACCACCUCAUCAGCGCAGCUCCCGAAAAGGACAACGAAGAAUCGCCCUUCGCAUCCUUCCUCUCCCUAGCAUCCUACCUCCUGCAGCACGCCUACAGGUCGCCACGAGGGGCGCACUACGCCGAACUGAACCUCCUCACCAUGCGCAUCCUCACCGAAGACAGCAACCUCUGCAAGCAACUGUGCAGCGAAGAAAGCAAGCGCAAAGUCCGACUCUGCCGCCAAAGACAGCCCUACCUCCCUCUCGUCGCCGGCGACCGCGUCCUAGCUACUGCCAUCUUCGACAUCCUCAUCGACACCCUCUCCCACAACCUCAAACGCCGUCUCGACGUCAACCUCUACAGCCACUGCAUCGCGAUCUUCCUCCGCCUCCUCACCUACCUCUCCAUGAACAAAAUCCGCCUCACAUACCACUGGUCCGAACUGUGGCGAGCUCUCCUCUCCCUCAUGCGCUUCCUCACCACCUACGCGCCCGACCUAACCUCCAACCCCCACACCACCACCCUCACCACCACCCUGGUAACCCUGAUCGCCUUCUGCGUGUCCGCCGGCGAUACCUUCCUCCCGGACCCGACCUCCUACGACGACCUCUUCUACAAGCUGGUCGAAACCGGCCCCAUCAUCACCCGCUUCCGCGACGUUUACAACUUCAAACCCUCCUCCCCCUCCUCCUCCUCCUUCACAACAGCAACAAAAGUAACCGGCAUCAUUCCCGCCGAGCCCGCCAACAAGGACGUGCACGUCGCCGCCAUCGACACCCUCAUCGCCGUCUCGUCGCAUUUCUACACGCUGCUGUUCGUCCCGGAUAAGAACGUCGACGCGAAGCAGCCGGGCGCCGAGGCCGCGCCGGUCCCGGCCAACUUGAAGAAGAAUUUGAGUCCGCGCGAGGUCCAUAAGAUUAUCAAGCAGGGGUAUGAGACACUCAGUAUUCAGCCGCCUGAGGGGUUGAGUGCCUGGACUAGGUAUAGGGAGGCGGAUUGGAAGACGGAGUUGAAGCGCGCGGCCAGGUGCGCGGUUGAUGAUGCGAGGGUGUUGGUUGCGUAG